CCUGCUUCCUUUCUCACACACACCCAGAGCCCCGAGCCUAGAGCCAGAGGACAGGGGGACAGUGAAUGGGCCUGUCAUACUAAUCUUACCUUGAGGACCACUAAACCAUAAACACUAUCAAGGAAUGGACUUUUUCAUAGCAGACCUUUAAAAAAUAAAGAAAAAGGACAUCCCGGACGGGGAGUUGGAGCACCAAAAGACCAAAGACACACCGAUCAAAGACCGACACCGCCCCCCAUAAAGUCACCCGCGUCCGCCCAUGGAGAGUCUCCUGAACUCCACCGCCGGCCCCCCGUUCCCCGCCGACCUCCUCAACGGCUCCUCCGACUGCCCCGGGUGGCCCCCCGUGCCGCAGAGCACCCUCAUCCCGGCGCUCUACGGCGUCAUCUGCCUGGUGGGCAUCGUGGGGAACGCCCUGGCCGUGUACGUCCUGGCCCAGGACGGCAGGGCGCGCCAGACGGUCGCCAACACCUUCAUGCUGAACCUGUGCGUCUCCGACCUGCUCCUGCUGCUCUCCCUGCCGCUGUGGGCCGUCUACUACGCCCUGGGCUUCCACUGGCCCUUCGGACGCCUCGCCUGCAAGCUGUGCGGCGCCGUCCUCCACCUCAACCUCUACGCCUCCAUCUUCUUCAUCGUGUGCAUGAGCGUGGACCGCUACCUGGCCAUCGUGCACCCCCUGCGCUCCCAGAGCUGCCGGGACCCCCGGCGGGCCAAGGUCACCUGCGGGGUGGUGUGGGGGCUGGCCUGGCUGUGCACCACGCCCACGCUGGUGCUGCGGGACACGAGCCACUACGAGACCCUGGGGGUGGAGGUCUGCGCCAUGUUCUACCCCCACGAGAACUGGUACCAGGGCCUGGCCUGGAUGAAGAUCGCGCUGGCCUUCCUGCUGCCCCUGGUGGCGCUCUCCUCCUGCUACUGCGUCAUCGGCCGGCAUCUGCUGGCCGGUGCGGGCAGGGGCGCGAGGCUGGGCGGCCCCCCGGGGCCCCCCGACUCCCAGCAGGGCCACGGUAAAUCAGAGCGACCCCCCGGCGCCUCGGUUGAGGCGGAGCGUGGAGCGCACGCGGCCGGGUCCCGGCGGGGCAGGUCCCUGGAGGGCGGGGGCCUGGAGAGGGUGCUGUGGACGGUGGCGGCGGUGGUGCUGGCCUUCUUCCUCUGCUGGUUCCCCUUCCACUGUCUGACGCUGCUGGAGCUGCUGAGGAGCCACGGCGUGCUGCGCGGCUGCCUGCUGGACUGGUGCGUCCACAACCUCACGGCGCUCGCCCUGUGCCUGGGCUUCUCCAACUCGGCCGUCAACCCCGUGCUCUACUGCUUCAUCGGGAACCACUUCCGGGGCCGGCUGGGGGCCCUGUGCAAGGGGCUGUGUGCGUGCCUGAGCCCCCGCGGGGAGCUGGGCGACCAGAAGAGGGGCUCCUUCAGCACCCGGCUGAGUUCCUUCUCACGGAAACUCAGUGACCUCAAGGACCUGGCCCUGGUUGAGGCGCCGGGAAUACACUGAUGGAUAUUCCGUU